AUGCUAUCACAACGCCUCCAAGAAACAGAAAAACAGCUACAGUCUGUGAAUAGCAGAAUUGCCCAAUUCAGACUGUCCAUUUCACCUGCUGACCUCAUCGCCGAAGAUGUACCUGAAUUCCAAAACCAGACCCUCUACCAGCUAGAUCAGAAGUACAGAGAGACCGAUCUGGCUGCAAAGCACCUCCAGCUGCUAUGGAUUAUCAAGAACUUGGUUCACGAGCUUCAAGUGUCGUUUGAUCCUUUGGACGAGGGCAAUUACGUCUGUGACAUUACUGAGUUGCAAGGUAUCUUGCAAAACAUCAAGAGCUUGAAGACCAAGAUCGGGCCGUUUGUGAGGGAGAACUUCAUCAUCGGCUCAACCCUUCAGGAAUCGUACGAAGACAUUGUGGAAUCGUACCAGAAGCAAUUGGACUCGCUAUUCGCCAGACAUGUACUUCAACAAAACGGAACCUUUAAAGUGCUCACCGCGCUAACCAUAAACCAGCAACAACACCUGCUCAAGGAAUUUUUGAGCGUGGUUUUGGACUUUGAAGAGUUUACGGGCAAUUGCAAUGUUACAGAAAAAUUGAACGAGCUCAAACCAAAGUGGGACAAGAAGCUCUUGGACCCUCUUGUCAACAAGAAGAAGUACCUUCUGCUAGUGCCUGAACUGGAACACGAGUACGCCAUUGAGCUUGCUGAUGCACUUCCGCCAGCCCAGUUUCUUUCCAGUUACUACUUUGACUCCGUGCGUAAUUUCGUCACCUUUGUCAACUUGCUAGACAACCAGUCCUUCAAGAACUACUACCUGACGAAAGUCAGUAAUAACAUUGUGAACACGGUGUCCGAGAGCAUUGAGGUUUUCUUGCAAAAUAGAGAUCAGCUUUCUGAAGAUUUGGUGAAUACCAUAGGAUUGGCGUCCAAGUCAGGCUGGAAUGUUCAGAUAGCACGCUCCUUGGGCUCUCUCGAUCAGAUCAACAACAGCAUCAGCAGACUACACCAUGAGUGGGUCACAGACAAGUACAUCAAUAAUUUGCGUGUUUACUUCAACGGACCAGAAUUCCCUCGGGACCUCCAAAACUUUAAAGAGGUGGAAAUUGAGGUUGUUCACGAACCCGAGCCUGUUCAUGAGCCUGAGCCUGAGCCUGAGCCAAUUCCACAACCUGAACCUGAGCCUGAAUCUGAGGGCGAUGACUGGGACGAUGAGUGGGGCUCUGAAGAAGAGGAAGAAGCUGCCGAUGGAUGGGAUGAAGACUGGGAUAACGACUGGGACGAUGACGAUAAGCCAAAGUCGCCUGUCAAGCCAAAGUCACCUGCAAAGCCAAAACGUCAUGGGCCUCCACUGCCAAAAGUGCAGCAGAAGCCUCAACCGAAACCAAAGCCCCAGCCCACUGUUUCUGUUGAUGUUGUCACUCGCACUGCUGUCGUGGAGUCCGUUAGAAGUAUUGUGGAUGCUUAUCGCUCAGAAGUUGGUGUGGAGGAUCUUUCGGAUAUCCUUUUCGCUGUCAGCGAAUUUGCACUCAUGUCCUACCCGCCACUACACGAGCUGUUCUUGCUUUAUAACGAUCUCAAGGCACUUGAGUUUGACGAAACGACAAACUUCGCCGAAACCCAAUGGAAGCAUACACGAAUCCAGCUUUUUGGUCAGCUCAAUGCAUUUUUCACGGCAAUUGACUUCACAAACGACGACGCCUCGGAUGUCGCUACGGACGAUUCUACCGGUAUCACAGGUGCCAUCACCCAAUUCAGAGAAUGUCUUGAACGUCUAGUUGACUCGAGCAUGGCAAAGACCAACAGGGACCUUCUUCGAACUACGGUUUGUGACCUAUCCAACCACGCAAACACGUGGGUUGUGAACGGCAUUAUCUCUUCCAAGGAGAUCUCCGAGUUCCAGUGUGAAAAGUUCACCAGGGUGCUCGAAAGUCUCGACGAGGUUGAGGCCGCAGUGCUUGCGAGGGUCGGGUCCGAAAGCAAUCGACUUGCAACAUACAACAAGCUGAAGCAGGCAAUUCUUCUCGUGAACAACCACCUCAAUGACAUCAUGGAGCACUUCUACCAGGGUGACUUCUUCGACUUCUCUACACAAGAGUUGAUACUGGUGUUGCAAAGUGUAUUCGUACAAAGCGAUCUAAGAGAGCGUUGCAUCCUGGAGAUUCUCGAGGUGAGAAACAGCUAA